UGUCAAGUGAUAGAUGUCAAUCUUUAGUCAGUUUAUUAAACCAACAGAUCUCUCUGUUCAACCUUCACUCGUGGGAGAACACCCGGACUGUCUGUAUCUCUUUAGCUAAAGGCUUUUCAUUGUCAUAAUAUUAUGGGGCUCACCGAGCAGGAAUGGCAGAAGGUCAUGGACAUCUGGGACAAAGUAGAACCGGAUCUCUCUUUGCAUGGUCAGGAAGUCAUCAUCAGGAUGUUCCAGAACCACCCUGAGACUCAAGAGCGCUUUGUCAAAUUCAAAAAUUUCAAGACUCUGGAGGAGAUGAAGAACUCAGAAGAACUCAAGAAACAUGGAACCACUGUCCUCAGUGCUUUGGGUAAAAUCCUGAAACAGAAAGGGUCCCAUGAAGCUGAACUGGCACCACUGGCACAGACUCAUGCCAACAAGCAUAAGAUUCCAGUCAAAUAUUUAGAAUUCAUUUCUGAAGUCAUCAUUGAUGUCAUUGCUGAAAAACAUUCUGCAGAUUUUGGGGCUGAUUGUCAAGAGGCAAUGAGGAAAGCCUUGGAGCUGUUCCGGAAUGGUAUGGCCAGCAAAUACAAGGAACUUGGGUUCCAGGGCUAGUAAGGAAAGAAGAUGUCUCCACUGAGAAGACUUAGUGUGCCUAGGUGUGUUUAGGAGAAUAUUUUCAUGUCAUCACAAGAAAAUAGCUUGAAUAAAUUCAAUUUUGUUAAUGCUACACUUGAAGAUGGCAAGGUAUAUUGUUCAAAAUCUCUAAUGUCUACUAAGGCCAUUUUGGCUGAGACUUAAAGGAAUAAAACCAAUACAUUUGUAGGAUAUCUAAUGAGGUCAAGAGGGAAGUUUAAAGGGUUUAAAGGGCUAGAAAGGUGGGGGUGAUAGGACUGGAUAUGUAAUCAUUACACCACUUUUUAGUUCAGUGGGAUGUUCCACAAA